CGUCCCCCGGCUGACGCAGGCACGCCUUUGUCGGCCCCUUUUGCGGUGCCCAUUGGCUCUGCGGCAGCACGUCCCUCCCUCUGGAAGUGCGGACAUUUACGUUCGGACCCGUUGUCGCGGCCGUUCAGGAACUCCAGCCUGGGAGGAUGGUGUGCAUUCCUUGCAUCGUCAUUCCGAUUCUGCUCUGGAUCUACAAAAAAUUCCUGGAGCCAUACAUAUAUCCUCUGAUUUCCCCCUUUGUUAGUCGUAUGUGGCCUAGAAAAGCUCUUCGAGAAUCCCAUGAUAAAAACAAAGGCAAGGUAGACUGUAAGGACGCAGACAUAAAUGGAUUAUCAACAAAAGGACCAACAGAAGUCUCUGAUAAAAAGAAAGACUAAAGUGAUUGUUCCAAAGGAUCUCAUUGUUUUAAAAAUGGACAUGAUAAUAUGAAGCACCUUGCUUGUAAUUGUCUCUGACCUUUUUCUCUGAGACCAGAAUUUGGGAUAGAUAGCUUACUUAUCUGAUACUAAUCAGGAAAUACAUGGUAUUUAUAUUUAAAAUGUGUUUAGUUAUAUUUAAUGAUCUCAUUCCUGAGUUCCUGUUUCACUGAAGUAGCUUCCAUUUCUAUUAUCGUAGUUACGAGUAAAUAGAAGGUUUGUGCCAGUAGAGACUGCUACUAAACCAGUACUCAAAAAUCCUUGGGCCUCUAACUUUCAUUCAGGCUCUUUGAAUUUGAGCAGAGUACAAUGUUACCGUGCAACAGUGCAGUGAGACUGCAGUGCAGUGAGACUGUACAGUGAAAGGAAUAGGGGUUUGGGGAGAUGAUGAGAUUUAAUUACUGUCCAAUACAACGGAGCAGCCUACUUCUGAGAGUAGUAAUUCCUGCUUAUUGCUCUGAGGAAAACAGAAAAGACAGGGAAAUCGGGGAAACGCCUUUGAAAAAUGGAAUACCUUUUACAGAAAUAUCUAAUGUAUAUUAUAAAAUUCUAAUCCUUGUUGCAUUUCUUAUGUUCUUACAAAGUAUAUUAAAUAUUCAGUUUAGUCUGUG